AUGAGUUGCAAUACCACCGACAGCGACCACGACAACCGCGACACGGGCUCCACCUCGACUGGACUGUCUGCGGUUGAUGGCGACGCUACCAGCUUGUUCGAAUACAUCAUCCGCGACAAAGUGUGGGGCGCAAACCUAGAUCCGCCCGAAUCUGCCAAGAACGUCAUCAAACCCUGGCACGAGCGUCUCUCGGCUGAACCCUCCACACAGUCCAACGUCGACGAUCAGCUCGCCAUCACGGUCCCCUUCACCUGCCCCGUUCGCUUGAAAUCUAUCCUCAUCAACACUGGCACCGGCGACUUUGCACCUACACGAUGUCGCGCGUUCGUCAAUCGUCCAGAUGGUGUCGACUUUGAUGAUGUGGACCAGGCAACAGCCGACCACCAUCCCGCUGACUCGACACCACUCGCUACCGCUGCCACCUUGGGCAACGUGGGUAGCGGCAAGGCGCAAGCCGACUUCGCGCUGCUACGAGGCGAACAGGGCGUGGUAGAGUACCCUGUCAGCGUCGCACGCUUCUCCCACACCAACAGCAUCACCAUCGUCCUUUCGCACUCCAACGCCACCACCCUCUCGCGCUUCUUCUACCUCGGCUUCCGCGGCACUGCGCUCGUCCUCAAGACAGAGCCAGGAGAGCGACUCAACAUCGGCGCUGCCAACUCUGCAGACCGUCCCGUCGAUGGCGUGCGUGAGAAGCGCGGAGCCAGUCAAGGUCUUGCCGGUGGAAGCUCCAGAAGAACGCCUCCGAGAUACAUUGUCAGCGACCAAGCUGCUGCACAGCGUAUCGCACAGCUUGCAGACGAUGCCAACACAACACCACGACGCUCACCGAGGAGAAGCAGCCGCACUUCUACACCCGCCGACUCUCCAAACACCACUCCGACGCGGAAGAGAAAGACUCGCGCUUCUCAGGCUGAUGGUAGCGAUGACGACACGGAAACUACGCCUCGCGCCAAUCGAAGUCCGACAAAGGCACGCACUCCGCACACGGCUCCUCCUGCACGCGAACGCCCUUCGCUCGCGGGCCCAUCAACUUCGCGUGAUAGGGACGCAUCCCAGAACAACGCGGCUGCAACAGCUUCCAGCUCGACCGAUCCCACUCGCCGCCGGUCCCUUUCGCAGCCUCCGCCCAACGAUGUUUUGCUCCGUCAACUGCAUUCCAGCUCCAUGACGCCUUCUGCCAAGUAUGCAGCUGCCCAACGUCAGGCACGCACUCCCUCACAGACAGCGGCUCUCACCAAUACCCCGGGACGACGCAUCCUCGGCACCCCAAGACGCACCGUCCCUGGCUCGGCUUCUGCCACUACCAACCCCUUCAGCGUUGCCAGCUCGUCUCAGCCUCCAGCUCAAGGUAUGCACACCCCGGCCACAGACAAGAGGCGCAAACGCAACGAUGCACUGCUCGCUAGUGCGCAACGUACGCGAGAGAGACGAUCCGCGUCCCGCAAAAGUCUCCUCUGGGGCGGUGUCGGUGGAUGGGCGGGUGGACGCGAAGAAUCGCCCAUGGAUCUCCUUCGCCGCCUCGCCCGCGCGCCUGACUUUGUCGUGCCACCGACGCCGUCGCAAGAUUCCAUCGCCAUGCCACCUCCAGCUGGUCGCCCGGGUCGAUCCAGCACAGCCAGCGAUGCCUCCCACUCGCGCACACGCGCCCGUGAAAGCGCCGCCAGCGACUCUGCCCGCUCCUCCCUCAGUCGUGCUACCAUGCUCGUCCCUGGCGAGUCGGUUCCCGGCGACCUGACACGCGACAGCAACCUCUCCGAUUCACUCGACGUCGACGAAUCUCUCGCCUCUGUCACCGACGCUCCAGACGAUCGAUCUCGCUCGCGACUCUCCGACAUGGGUAUCCCGCGUCGUGCGUCUGGUAUGGGUCUCGUUCGAGAUGGCAUCUUUGCCGGCAUGGCCGAACCCCCGAGGACGUCCCGUGUGUCGACGGGUUCGCGUGUCUCGUUUGCCAAUCAACUCUCGCCCUCCUCGAUGCGUUUCGACGACAUGUCCAGCCGCAGGGAGGAUGAACUCGAACGCAGCCUUCAGCAGCAGUACGGCGGUGCCGAGAGCUUCAUUUCUGCUUCAGGCAUCGACUUGGCAAAAGCGAAAGCUAUUCGCAGGCUCGAUGAUCUGACUCGACAGAGUUUCUUCAGCGAGGACGGUCACUUGCAAUACGACGAUGAAGAUGAGGAGGACGAGGACGAGUCGGUGCUGGACGCGAGCAGAAAGAGCAUGGGUAGAUCAAUGUCGGAACCACUGGAGGGAGAGGCAGACGGCUCUGUCUUGUUCUUUGGCGACGACGACGAUGCGAUGCCUCAGGAGCAAAGCGUGGAAGAGGAGCAAGUUUCCGACAGUCUCGCUGUUGACGAUGCUGGCGACGAUGAUUCCGACGGUCUCGCGCGACGUCUCGCCGCGGACGACUCUACGUCGCGCCAACUGAGCGACCAACUCGACCCGUCCAUCACGGGCGGCGAUGUGGAUGACAGUCGGAUCUCACGCGUCUCCUUUGCCGAGCAAGACGAGGUGUCCUUCCAAGUCGACGAUGCCUAUUCCUCCGACGACGGCGCAUACGGUCUGUCGGUCCCCGAUCUUGACGAAGAUGACGACUCUGACGCCGAACGCGACGCAUCAGCGCGACUCGACUUGCUCGACCCGAAAGAUCUCAACGCUCUCCUCAAACGUCGUAUCGUCAAGAAGCGCAAGUCCCGCGUAUCACCGCACACGGGUCAACCACUGCCGCCACUUCCCGCGUCUGUCAUGCGCGACAUCUUCUCCUCCUUCCUCACCCCUUCGUCUUCCUCUUCCUCCUCCACCGCCUCCUCCCUCAUCUCCUCCUCAACGAGCUCGGCUAAGAAAGCAAAGCUGGACAGUACAGUCCUUGACGAACUCGAUUCCGCCUGUCACGACUUUUUCGCCGACUUCGCUACCAACCUGCUCACUCAGUCCAAAACACGGUCGAGAGGUUCGUCGAGCGGUGCCAACAUCACGGAGGCGGAUGUGGUGGCAGUGUUGAAGAGGCAGGGGAGAGUGACGCAGAGACACGAUGCGAGCAGUCUGGCGCACAAGAUGCUCCCGAGGGAGUUGACGGAUCAGAUGGAGUUGGCGAGGUGGGCCAAAGUGGGGACGGUGCAGACGACGUUGGGUGGGUUGUUGACGAAAAAGAGGAAGGGUGGUGGUGGGGGGAGGAGGAAGGGCGAUGUGAGCGUGGGAGAGACGACGGCGGCGAGCAGUGUGGCGCUGGAUGACGAGGAGGAGGAUGAUUCGAUUUGA